UGUAAAAUAACUCCAACCCAUGAAAUAUCAACACGGAAAAAGUGAAAAUAGUUUUCUCCGCGUUCGUGUGGAUUGCAUCCGCCAUUUGCUGGUCGACCCUGGGUGCUUUCGUCCCUGCAGAUUCCCAAGAGUUGGGGUAGCAUUUCAGCCGAAAAGAUGGCUUUGAAUUCAGUUGCUCGUCGGGCAUUUACCAUUACCCUUCAAAAUGUAUUACGUCAGCAGGCAGCUGCAGCAUCAAGUGCACCAGCAGUAUCAAAAAUUGGAGCCCGAGAAGUAGUAGGUUUUGGAUUUAAUGGCAGUAAAUGCUAUGUGGACAGAGUAGACUUCCCCAUGCCUGCCAUCAGGUUUAAAGAAAAUACUCCAGAUGUUCAGGUGAGUAGUAAAAAGGAGCUCUUCGAGAGAAGGAAAUUAACAAUUGAGGAGAAGAAAGCUCUAUACAGAGCUUCUUUCUGUCAAACAUUUGCAGAGAUGAAGGCACCAACUGGAGAGUGGAAAUCUAUCUUGGGUGCUGCACUAGUAGCCUCUUCCAUGGCAGUUUGGCUGUACUUGUGGAUGAAACUCUAUGUGUAUUCUCCAAUGCCUGAUACAUUCGCACCUGAAAGACAAGCUGCUCAGUUGAAGAGGAUGAUUGACCUCAGGGGAAAUCCAGUUGAAGGUGUAUCUUCACACUGGGACUAUGAGAAGGGUGACUGGAAGUAAGCUAACAAACUGAGAAAGCAGUGGGAGGAUUUGGAGGAUACCUGUAGUAUAUUAAGGGUGUCACUGAAGGAGCAAAAUUUAUAUUUCUAUUUUGGUUAUUAUAAGGUCAUGCUCAUUAAAUUUCUCUUUUUUCAUUAUUAUUAUUAAUAAUAUAUUGGUUCUUUAUUUUCCACCCACACUCUGAAUUUGGGUUUCUAAAAAAAUGUGUUACUGUUAAAUCUUUCAAUUCUUUCCAUGGAAUCCCUUGACAGGCUUUGUCGUGAUUGUAAAUAGAAGUGGUGUUAAACUUUAAAAUUAUAUGUAUGUAAAAGGUUGAUAACAUGCAAGCUAUUUAAUUUUCAUGUCUGUCUGUCAAGGCCUUAAUUUUAUGAAUGUACAUAAAUUAUUUUUAUGUCUGCCAUAACAAUAAAUGGUGACCAAGUGUAAA